AUGGUUAAAGAUGAGAAAACGGGGACUUGCUAUCGUGCCGAUCACUUGCUCAAGGACUUCUGCAGUGAAAAGCUUCAAAAAGACCUUUCCAUAACUGCCAAGGAGGCUGUAGAAAUGAAGCGCAUACUUGCUAUUUUGGAUGAUCUUUCAGCUGAAGAGCUCGGUGCCAAACGUAAGGAGUAUCGCAUUAUAGCUCCAGACACUAAGAAUCCACUUUCUGAUCCAUAUCCAUUCAAUCUUAUGUUCAUGCGGCCAGAUACUGCACAGGGCAUAUUUGUUAAUUUUGACCAAACUCAGUACUUCGUUUUGCCUUCAUUGAGUUCACUAAUGAAGUUUUAUCUGAUUAACAGGUAUGGCAAAGAAGUAUGUGACGCGGUUGUGGCGAAAUGUCUCACCGGUAGGCCUAAGACGGUGGAGAAGGCCCAGGCCAUCUUUAUGCUUUGGAUUGAAUUGGAGGCUGUAGAGCCUUUCUUGGAUGCAAUGGAGAAGGCGAUAAAAGCCAAAGUUGCUAAAGCUGUUGUUUCCGCAAUUGAUGUCAUGUUUCAAGCCUUAAGUGAGUUUGGAGCAAAAGUUGUGCCUCCAAAGAGGAUAUUAAAGAUGUUGCCUGAGCUAUUUGACUAUCAAGAUCAAAAUGUUCGUGCAUCUUCUAAAGGACUUACUCUUGAGCUUUGUCGAUGGAUUGGAAAGGACCCUGUAAAAUCAAUAUUAUUUGAGAAAAUGAGGGAUACAAUGAAAAAAGAAUUGGAAGCCGAGCUGGUGAAUGUAAUAGGGGCAGCUAGGCCAUGUCGUAGAAUAAGGUCUGAGCAAGACAAGGAGCCAGAAAAGGAGGUUGUAUCUGAAGUUGUGGGUGCUGGCCCAUCUGAGGAAUCUACAUCUGAUGCUCCUCAGGAAAUAGAUGAGUAUGAGCUCGUUGAUCCUGUUGAUAUAUUGGCUCCUUUGGAGAAGUCUGGAAUUUGGGAUGGAGUGAAAGCAAUCAAGUGGUCAGAACGGAAAGAGGCUGUUGCAGAGCUAACCAAGAUUGCUUCAACAAAAAGAAUAGCACCCGGUGAUUUCUCAGAAAUCUGUCGGACACUAAAAAAGCUCAUAACAGAUGUUAAUAUCGCUGUAGAAGUCGAGGCAAUUCAAGCUAUUGGCAAUCUUGCUCAGGGUUUAAGAACUAAUUUCUAUGCAAGUUCACGCUUCCUAUUGCCAGUUUUGUUGGUAUGUUCAUUUUUUGCUAGCUAAAAAAAUAAUAUUAUAUCAACUUAAAAUGCAAACAGACUGUUUGAAUGUAACCAAGUUGUUCAAGUGUUCAUUUACUUUUUUCCAGUUACUUACAACUGAGCAUGGUGGUAUUUUUUUUUUUUUGGAUUUUGAAUUGUACAUUCAUUUUUCUUAUUAAUAAAAGUGCACUUAGUCAUACGAGUAGAUUCUUUUUUAGAAGUUCAAAUGAUGUUGAUCGUAGAUUUGAUUUGUAUAUAAAGUGAUUUUUUUAUUCAAUUUUACUUUUAAUAUAUAUUUUGAUCUGGUUUAUCUCAGAUUUUUCUUAGAAAUAAUUUAAUAAAGAUUGAAGAGGGGAUAUUGGUUUAAUGCAUUUAUCUAACACCUUUGAUUUAUCUCUCUCUCUCUCUCUUAUUUUUUUUUAUAAAGAAAAAAUUGAAAGAGAAAAAACCUGCCUCUACUGAGGCACUAAAUCAAAGUCUUCAGGCAAUGCAUACAGCUGGGUGCUUAAGUCUAGCUGACAUUGUGGAA